AUGGCUCGUACCAAGCAAACCGCUCGCAAGUCUACCGGUGGAAAGGCUCCCCGUAAGCAGCUCGCCUCCAAGGCCGCUCGCAAGUCCGCCCCCGCCCAGACCGGUGGUGUCAAGAAGCCCCACAGGUACAGGCCCGGUACCGUCGCUCUCCGUGAGAUUCGUCGUUACCAGAAGUCUACCGAGCUCCUCAUCCGCAAGCUCCCCUUCCAGCGUCUCGUCCGUGAGAUCGCCCAGGACUUCAAGACCGACCUCCGUUUCCAGUCUUCCGCCAUCGGUGCUCUCCAGGAGGCUGUUGAGGCUUACCUCGUCUCCCUCUUCGAGGACACCAACCUUUGCGCCAUCCACGCCAAGCGUGUUACCAUCCAGCCCAAGGACAUGUCCCUUGCCCGCCGUCUCCGUGGUGAGCGUGCUUAA